GUGUGUGUGCCGCCGCGUUGGUCCCGGUGUGUGUGUGUGAUUUUUUGGUGUGUGUGGAUGUAAGGAUAUGAGCUUGAGGAUGAACCGGAUCACCUUCCGUAAGAAGCACAAAGCCAGACGAGAGCGCGCCGACUUCAACCGGCUCAGCUGUCAGGAGAAGCCUAAGCUGAUCGACCCUCUGGACUAUGAGGCAGUCAUCUCAGAGCUGGAGGCGGAGCUUAAGGAGGACCCCAAUCAGGACCUGCUGCUCUUCCCCGACGACGAUUUCACAGUGUCUACUCUCCCUUUGGAGUCCCGGACUCUGCAGUCCACGGUGCCAUCUGAAGCCCAGCAACAGGCCAACACACUGCUGGUCAGACAGGCCUGUAGCUACUACACCUCCCAGCUGCACGUGGUGGAAUUCAAGCACGAGGAAUACGCGGGAGACCACCGAACACUGCCCAGGAAGUUGUACAGGGCUGAGAAGUUGCCGUCUCACUCCUUCGAGAUCGACCAUGAGGACGUGGACAAGGAUGAGGACACCACGUCUCUGUCCUCGUCCAAGGGCGGGGGCGGGGGGCCGGGGAGUGGCGUGGGGGGCUCGGGCGUCUUCAGGUCCGGCUGGCUCUACAAAGGAAACUUCAACAGCACCGUCAACAACAGCAUCACUGUUCGGUCGUUCAAGAGGAGGUACUUCCAGCUGACGCAGUUGACUGAUAACUCGUACAUCAUGAACUUCUACAAGGACGAGAAGAUCUCCAAGGAACCCAAAGGAUGCAUCUUCCUCGACUCCUGCACCGGCGUGGUACAGAACUCCCGUCUGCGUAAGCAUGCGUUUGAGCUGAAGAUGAGUGAGGUGACGUACUUCGUGCUGGCGGCGGAGAGCGAGGCGGACAUGGACGACUGGAUAUCCACGCUGACGCGCAUCCUGCAGAUCGCACCCAACGACGCGCCGCAGACGCAGACGCAGCCGCCGCUCGAACGCAAGAGCAUGGACCUCACCGACACACGCCAGGACAUCUUUGAGCUGGCGGCGAGUGAGGCUCCGAUCCCCGAAGUGGAGGAGACAGCGGAGAACGGCCUCAACCCUGAACUGGCCAAGUAUAUUAGUGAGACAGAGGAGAUGGUGCGAACUGCCAGGAGAGAAGAGAGACUCAACCUGUUCUCCCUCGACCCAGACACACCGAUGUUGCGGUCGGUGCGUGCGGAGCCCUCGGGGGGCGUAGUGCGGCCGUAUGAGGAGCGAUUGGGGCGGAGGCUGCUCAUCACCUGUAAAGCCCUCAGUCUCACGCUGCAGGGCUGUGUCUGCGAAACAGAGAACGGACCCGUCACCAACAUCGAGCCCUUCUUCGUGACGGUUGCCCUGUUUGACGUGCGUGAGGGCCGCAAGGUGUCAGCUGACUUCCACGUGGACCUGAACCACGAGGCCGUCCGGGGGAUGCUGAACGGGGCCGGGGGCGUAGGAGGAGGGGGCGUAGGAGGAGGAGGCGUAGGAGGGGGGGUUACGGCCCCCCAGGAGAACGGCCUGCCCCCCCCUCCUGACACCCCCCCCACCACCACCACCACAGGAGAGCAGAACCAGACCAUCACACCUGACCUGGACACCUGGCUGCGAUACCCCAAACAGGCUAUAUUCUCCAUCACCAACCCCCAUGUUGACAUCGUGUUGGUGGCGCGCGUGGAGAAGGUGCUUAUGGGUAAUAUUACGGCCGGGGCGGAGCCUUACAUCAAGAACACCGACAACACCAAGACGGUUCAGAAGAUGUUGAAGUCCAAUAAGCAUUUCUGCAGCAAGCUGGGGAGGUAUCGCAUGCCCUUCGCAUGGUCCAUACGGUCUGUGUUUAAGGAUAACCAGGGCAACGUGGACCGGGAGUCGCGCUUCUCACCGCUCUUCAAGCAGGACAGCAGCAAGGUGUCAACAGAGGACCUCGUCAAGCUCAUAGCCGAAUACAGGAGGGCGGAGAAGACCAGUAAGCUUCAGACUAUUCCAGGAAACCUGGAGGUGACGGUGGACUGUGUACCCAUGGAACACCCCAAUUGUGUGACGUCGUCCUACGUGCCGGUGAAGCCGUUUGAGGAUUGUGAGUCGCACUGCCCCUCGGUGGAGGUGGACGAGUUCCUAGUGGAGUCGGCCAAGUUCGCCCAGCCGCACCGCGUCUACCGCAACCACCUCUACGUCUACCCUCGACACCUCAAAUACGACUCACAGAAGAGCUUCGCCAAGGCUCGGAACAUUGCGGUGUGUGUGGAGUUCCGGAACUCAGAUGAGGAGCAUGCGAAAGCUCUGAAGUGCAUCUACGGCAAGCCAGGAGGGCCAGUCUUCACCACGGCAGCGUUGUCCACAGUGCUGCACCACUCUCAGAACCCCGACUUCUACGAUGAGGUGAAGGUUGAGCUCCCCACUGACCUCCAUGAGAAGCACCACCUCCUCUUCUCCUUCUACCAUGUGACCUGUGACAUCACCGCCAAGACCAGCUCCAAGAAGAAGGAGGCGCUCGAGACACCAGUGGGCUACGCGUGGCUGCCGCUGCUGAGGGAAGGUCGUCUGUCCUCUCAGGAGUUCAGCGUGUCGGUGUCCUGCUCUCUGCCCCCCGGAUACCUGGCCAGCAAGGACCCCGCCUCCAACAAGAGCGGCUCGGACAUCAAGUGGGUGGAUGGAGGAAAGCCGAUCUUCAGACUGGCCACACAAGUGCUCUCUACCGUUUACACUCAGGACCCCCACCUGAACCGGUUCUUCCAGCAGUGCCAAAAACGAGAGUCGGAACUCUCGCAACCACCUACCUCAAACUUCCUCAACUGCUUAAAGGGGCUGUUGAGUAUGGAGCGUAUCCACGUGAUUAUCCGCUUCCUGCCGGUGCUCCUCAAUCAGCUGUUCAAGGUCCUCACGCAGAACGACAACGACGAGGUUACCACGACAACCACCAGGGUGCUACUGCAUAUUCUGGCCAAGUGUCAAGAGGACAAUGUGGAGCAUUACCUGCACUCCUACAUCAAGUUUGUGUUCCGUACGGAGGCUCAUGGCUUCCGCACGGUGCAUGAGGAGUUGGCCAAGGGCGUGACCUUUGACCUCAAGAGCAACGAGCAGACGGCCGUCAAGAAUAUACUCAAGUUCUCCUGGUUCUUCCUGGAGCUGAUUGUCAAGUCCAUGGCCCAACACCUGGUGGACUCAGGAAACACCAAGCUGGCGCGUCCCCAGCGGUUCCCGGCCUCCUAUCAGGGUCGUCUGGAGGCGCUCAUCAUGAGCGUUAGCGACCACAUCUACUGGAAGACCAAGGACAUGCCCGAGGAGACGCGCAGCGCCAACCACGCCGUCGCCAUCUUCCUCAAGCGUUGCUUUUCUCUGAUGGAUCGAGGCUUCACAUUCAAGCUGAUUAAUCAUUAUGUCAACAACAUCACAGCCAGUGAUAACAAGACGCUGUGUGAGUUCAAGUUUGACUUCCUGAGGGAGGUGUGUAACCACGAGCACUACAUCCCCCUCAGCCUGCCCAUCCCCUCCGCACGCAUCACAGAUAAAGGAUCUUCACUGGAAACGCACAGCUCUCAUGCCAGUGUUCCGGAAUACAGCCUGACGGGGGAGUUCUGCCGUAAGCACUUCCUGACUGGGCUCCUCCUACGAGAGCUGGGAUUGGCUCUCCAGGACGAGCAGGACCUGCGGCACACGGCAUUGGCCAGCCUCAAGAGUCUCAUGGCGAAGCACUCGCUAGACACACGCUACGCACUCAAGGAGAAGCAGGCGAUGAUCGCCUCCCUAUACCUGCCUCUGUACGGCCUGAUCCUGGACAACAUGCCGCGCUUCUUCCUCAGAGACCUGUUCCCCAUCUACUUCAACUGCAGCGACCAGGGUUCCCGUGACGACGUGAGUGUUGGAGGCGGGGUCGCCGGGCAGGUGGCUGUUCGCCAUGGCAACUCAGUGGACGCUUCAUUCUCCAAGGAAGUGCUCAACUCCAUCACAGCGUUCUCCUCUCUGGCCAUCUCCGGGGGCAACCACACGGAGUCCCGCGGCUCCCUCAUCAGCAUUGAGUCCAACCCCAACAGCGACAAGAUGGACGCCUGCGAAAAGUUCAUCAGGCCCCAGUCUCUGAUUGGCUUCGGCUCCCGGUUCGACAAGCUGGACCAGGCGGAGACGCGCAGCCUGCUACUCUGCUUCCUACACAUCAUGAAGACCAUCUCCGAAGAUGUGAUGGUGUCCUAUUGGCAUCGUGCUAUUCACCAGGAGAUCUCCGACUUCUUCAACAUCCUCGAGCUGUGUCUUCAGCAUUUUAGGUUCCUGGGCAAGCGGCACAUCGCCAGGAAGUUAGCGGCGGCGGUUAAGCUGGCCCAGGCCACCCAGGGAGCCAGUAGCACCGUGAAGGCCACCAGCUCCACCCACACCACCGGGCUCCUCCCACACUGGAUUCACUCCGGUCAGGACGGGCAUCGGCACGGGCGCUCCCAGACGAUGCCCAUCAUCCGGGGCAAGAACGCCCUCACCAACCCCAAACUUCUGCAGCUGAUGGACACAGAUAUCCCGGAGGGUGAUGUGCUGAGCCCCAUGGACAUCGAGGCCAAUCUCUCCACUGAGGUGGCCCUGACUGUGUUGGAUGUCCUAGGGCUGUUCGUACAACACCACAAGAAGCAGCUUCUGCAUGACGAGGGCCAGAACGCGUUGAUGAAGAAAGUCUUCGACACACACCUGCUCUUCUUCCAAAUCAAUCAGUCGACCACCACGCUCAAACACGUCUUCGCAUCACUCAGACUCUUCAUACAGAAGUUCCCGUCGGCGUUCUUCCAGGGCCGUGCGGACAUGUGCGGGUGUCUGUGUUACGAGCUGCUGCGGUGCUGCAACCAUCGCUCCUGCGGCACCCAGACCGAGGCCUCCGCUCUGCUCUACUUCUUCAUGAGGAGGAACUUCGAAUACACACAGGGCAAGAGCAUCGUCAGGUCACACCUACAGGUGAUCAAGGCGGUGUCUCAGCUGAUCGCGGAUGGCAGUAUCGGAGGGUCGCGGUUCCAGCAGUCUCUGGCCAUCAUCAACAACUUCGCCAACGGAGACGCACCACUCAAGUCCUCAGCGUUCCCUGCGGAGGUGAAGGACCUGACCAAGCGUAUCCGCACGGUUCUCAUGGCAACGUCUCAGAUGAAGGAGCACGAGAAGGACCCAGAGAUGCUGGCAGACCUGCAGUACAGCCUGGCCAACUCGUACGCGUCCACGCCGGAACUGCGCCGCACCUGGCUGGAGAGCAUGGCCAAGAUACACGUGCGCAACGGGGACCUGUCAGAGGCUGCCAUGUGUUAUAUCCACAUCUCUGCGUUGAUCGCUGAGUCUCUGAAGAGGAGAGGCUACUGGAAGCCAGAUAAAGGGAGGAUGUCCAGUGUUGUUCCUGAGGAGUCCGGUGUCCUUAACUGUCCUCCUCUACUAACGCCCCAGCAGGACGCAGGAGAGACUUCCUUCUCCAUGGGCUGGGCUGCGUUCAUGUGUAUCUCCCCCAACGUGAAGGAAGAGGGCGCCAUGAAGGAGGACGCCGGGACACAAGACACACCUUACACAGAGGACACGUUAGUGGAGCAGCUGGAGCUGUGUGUGGACUACUUGUGGAAGUCUGAGAGAUACGAGCUGAUCGCAGACAUCAACAAACCUGUUAUAGCCGUCUUCGAGAAGAGGAGAGACUUCAAGCGCCUGUCGGAGCUCUACUAUGACAUCCACCGCUCCUACCUGAAGGUCACGGAGGUCGUGAACUCUGAGAAGCGGCUCUUCGGACGGUACUAUAGGGUCGCCUUCUACGGACAGGUAGCUGGUUUCUUUGAGGAGGAGGAGAGUAAGGAGUUCAUCUAUAAAGAGCCCAAGCUGACGGGCCUCUCCGAGAUCUCCCAGCGCCUCCUCAAGCUCUACUCCGACAAGUUUGGAGCCGACAACGUCAAGAUGAUACAGGACUCAAACAAGGUAAAUGCCAAGGAUCUUGACCCCCGCUACGCGUAUAUACAGGUGACGUAUGUGGUUCCCUACCUGGACGAUAAGGAGCAGACGGAGAAGCGGACGGACUUCGAGCGGCACCACAACAUCAACCGCUUCGUAUUCGAGACGCCGUUCACACUCUCCGGGAAGAAGCACGGGGACGUGGAGGAACAAUGCAAACGACGCACCAUACUCACCACGAGCUCCUCGUUCCCCUACCUGAAGAAGCGUGUCCAGGUGUGUGAUCAGGUGUCCACAGAGCUGAACCCGAUAGAGGUGGCCAUCGACGAGAUGUCACGCAAGACCAGCGAGCUCACACAGCUCUGCAGCAUGGAGGAAGUGGACAUGAUACGACUACAGCUGAAACUACAGGGCAGCGUCAGUGUUAAGGUGAAUGCUGGACCAAUGGCGUACGCCCGUGCCUUCCUGGAGGAGAAGAACGCCAAGAAAUACCCAGACAACCAGGUCAAGCUGCUGAAGGAGAUAUUCAGGCAGUUUGCGGGUGCGUGUGGCCAGGCUCUGGACGUGAACGAGCGUCUGAUUAAAGAAGAUCAGCUGGAAUACCAGGAGGAGAUGAGAGCUCACUAUAAAGACAUGCUGAACGAACUGUCAAACAUCAUGAACGAACAGAUACCCCCCACAAGAGCGGCCGGGGCGGAGCGGCACAGCGCCUGUUGAGCAGCCUGUAGACCGCACGGAAACCGGCAGCAUUGGAGAGCCAACAUGGCUGCCGGCAAAAGAAACAGACCGCCUGCAGUGUAGAUACAAAAUGGCUGCCGGCAAAAGAAACAGACCGCCUGCAGUGAAGAGUCAAAAUGGCUGCCGGCAAAAGAAACAAACCGCCUGCAGUGGAGAGCCAAAAUGGCUGCCGGCGAAAGAAACAAACCGCCUGCAGUGAAAGCCUCCAACCACAGACACAAAAUGGCACCCGGCAGCCAUCUUGGCUCAAAGGUGUUAGCGUUAGCGUUAGCAUGGCCCUCGCAGGCCUGAGGGAAUCCUGUGACACAAUAGUGAUGGACUGAAGGGAAAAUUUUAAAAAAGGGGGGAAAAGGUUUUGUUUUUAAACGUGUGCAGUGGUGUUGCCAGGUGACAGUCCUGUGGAUGAGAAGAGAAGAAUACAGUA